AUGUUUUCUCUGUUCUUGGAGUGCACCGAUGAGCAGGGUCCUACAUGCUGUGUUGACUUCAUUUACACUGACGUGAUGACUGGUUCAGCCAGCCUCAAUAGGCCCCAUGACCCCCUUGGUAAAACAACGAGCUCAUUCUUUGCGCCACUGCUGACCUCAUUGUCUCUUUGUGAAACGAAAAUCCAGAGUUGCAUUCUGCUAAAUGGCAGAGUGUUGGACAGCUGGGAGUGCAGAGCAUGUCCAUGUAGUCUGCGUGCAGACACGCUGUCUGUAAUUGAGAAUCCUGUGGCUGUUAGGCAUUCUCUCCAUGUGGGGAGGCUGAGUAUGACAGGAGUCAGGGGAACUGAGGCCAGCCCUAACUGGCUCAGGCAAGUGCAGUCUCCGCAUCCAGUUUUUCCUGCAGCAUCCACCAAAGUGUCCACCCAGAGAGUGAUGAGAGUGCUGGCGGCUCUGUGUGCUCUUGGACUAGUUGGAGGUGUAGCUGUUGGUGUUUGGUUUAUUGUGAAACUGCUUUUAAGGCCUACCUCUGCACAGACCCCUACAGGGUUGGGGGACACUAAAGAGACAUCCUUCUGUAAUGUGACUGAGGAUAUCUCUGUCACAGAUCCAAGAAAAGUGUUUUACAGAAUCAGCCCAGAAAACUCUCUAUUGGAGAUCCAGCUAGAGAAGUUGCAGUCUUGGCUGCCUGUGUGUUACGAGAGGUGGAACUCCUCUUUGGGAACACUGGUGUGUCGACAGCUGGGAUAUCUGAGGUUAACCAAGCACAAAGGUGUGAAUUUGACUGAUAUUGGGCCAAAUUACACAGAGGGAUUUGUUCAGAUUACCUCAGAGCAUGGAAACAAUCUGGAGAGUUUGUGGCAGUUCAGGGGUAGCUGCAUCACUGGAAAGGUCAUAGCUUUAAAAUGUUUUGAGUGCGGGACCAGAGCCAAGUUGCCAAGGAUAAUUGGUGGUGUCGAGGCGACUCUGGGCAGGUGGCCUUGGCAAGUGAGCCUCUAUUACAAAGACCGCCACACCUGUGGAGGCUCCAUCAUCACCAGCCAGUGGAUAGUCACCGCUGCUCACUGUGUGCACAACUACAGGCUACCUCAGGUGUCCAACUGGGUGAUCUAUGCUGGCAUUGUCACCCGCAACACAGCUAAACUAGUCCAGUCCACAGGACAUGCAGUGGAGAAGAUCAUCUACAAUAAGAACUACAAUCAUAGGAGUCAUGAUAAUGAUAUUGCUUUGAUGAAACUGAAGAUUCCUUUGAAUUUCUCAGAUACCAUCAGGCCAGUGUGUCUGCCCCAGUAUGACUAUGAUCUUCCAGGAGGCACACAAUGCUGGAUCUCUGGGUGGGGAUACACACAACCUGAUGAUGUUCAUAUUCCUGACACACUCAAAGAAGCUCCAGUUCCUAUUAUAAGCACAAAAAAAUGCAACAGUUCUUGCAUGUACAAUGGUGAGAUCACCCAAAGGAUGUUGUGUGCAGGAUAUACCGAAGGCAAAGUCGAUGCAUGCCAGGGGGACAGUGGAGGCCCUCUAGUGUGCCUGGAUGAUAAUGUUUGGAGGCUAGUUGGUGUUGUGAGCUGGGGAACAGGUUGUGCAGAACCCAAUCAUCCAGGUGUCUACACUAAAGUGGCUGAAUUUCUAGGUUGGAUUUAUGAGAUGAUUGAGCUACUGAAGAGAGAUAUGGAUCCCAAAUUUUUCAACCAAAACCCAUCUCUUCACCUCUUCAUUGAUGUUGUGGAAAUUUCCAAGAGGUUUAAUUGA